AUGGCCCCCGACGUGCCUGCGAAGCUUGAGCCUGUCGACGGCCAGAUCAAGAAGGUCAUCCAGAACCUCUACCACCUCGUCGUCCAGGUCCACGACUACCAGGGCACAAACACCGAGGAUGCUAUGAAACGGGAGAUCACAAACCUUCUCGGCAACUUACUCCAACUGUCGCGCGAAGCCUCCGGCCUCGCCCUUCACAUUCCUCCGGACAUCAUCUCCUACGUCGAGAACGGCCGCAACCCCGACAUCUACACUCGCGAGUUUGCCGAGCUUGUGCAAAAGAACAACCAAAAGCUGAAGGGCAAGAGUGAGGCAUUUGCCCAGUUCCGAGACAUCCUAGCAAGCAAGAUAAUUACGGCUUUCCCGGAGAUGGAGCAGGAUGCCAAGAGGAUUGUGUCCAACACUGGUGGAAACCCUGCGACCCUAUAA